AUGGCAUCGGGCAGUGUUUGGAGAGUUUGGAUUGUGCGGCUGUCGUUGUCCGUGACCCUGAGCCUGGGCUGUGAGAGGCUGCAGUUACUGCAAAUUCUCAACACAGAGACUCUGGGCAAACUGAAUGAAAUGGGCGGCCGGCUCCCCCGACAGUGUGUGACCGAGAGGCUGUCGUUGAAAACCAAGCCCUUGGACCUGGUGAAACUUUCCGCGGGGGUUCAUGCCCAGGACAGGAUCCAGAUUGUCCAUCAAACACUACACCACAUCCGCAGGAUCUACAGCAGGAACCUGAGCUCAGUAACGUGGGCCCAGGGCACAGUGGAACACUUCAGGCUUCUGCUGGGUCGGCAGCUCAGAGAGCUGGAAGACUGUGUCAGGAAACCAAGCACAGAGUCCAGGCCAAGGAAGAAUGCCACAAUUCUUAAAUACUUUCGGAAACUGACAGAGUUUCUUAGACAGAAGGGAUUCAGUGACUGUGCCUGGGAAAUAACUCACGCUGAGACCAGGGCACAUUUACAACAGCUCCCUCUCAUUAUGGCAAAAGGAUUCAGCAACUGUGCCUGUGAAAUUACCCAUGCUGAGACCAGGGCACGUUUACAACGGCUCCUUCUCAACAUGGCAAAAAAUCAGCAGGGAUUCCUGAAGAUUUUCCAGAGACAACUUCAUAAGAGACUGAGAUUGUUGACUAUUUAUUUAAAAUAA